AUGGCAGGCUACGGUCGACCAUUGAGCUUCUCUGAGAGACGAGGAAGCCAGCUGAGCGAAGAUUUGACCUUGAACACAAGCAACGGCAUGGGGCCGAGCGAGCGUGCGGACAAGAUGCCACAGCGACUUGGUCAUAUUCGCGGGCCCCCGACACCCAGCAUGCCCACGCCUGCCACAGACUACGAUCAGCAACUCACAGGGUCUCCGCCGCCACCGCCGACCCCUGCAGCCUCUCCGGGCCCUUCUCAUGGACAACUCGACUGGAGCGAUGCCGCCGAUGACGAAGAUUUCUUCCUCGCAAAAGUGCGCCAACAUUUCAAGGCCGCGUCUGGACCGCAGCGGACGAGGAUUCUCGGCGAUCUGCUGAAUCUCUGCACGAGUCAGCAGCUCAGCUUCGUUCACCAGUUUGUCAGCCCGCUGUUAAAGAAGGAUCCAUUCACCAGUCUCCCUGAUGAGCUCUGUCUUCGGGUUCUGUCCUUCAUCGACGAUCCGAAAGUCCUCGCUCGUGCCUCACAAGUCUCAAAUCGAUGGCGAGAUCUCCUCUCGGAUGACCUUACGUGGAAGAACCUCUGCGACAAACACAACUAUAGCACAGAAGAGGAAGACAGCCCGACACAGCAGAGCCCCACACAUGCCGCCCGUCAACACCACGAUUCACAUGCAGGCCCCAGCCGCCGCGAGUCGAUGGCGACAACGAGCACGCACCACGAUCUGCAAACCAGCAGCCCCGGGAACCGACGACCGAGGAUCAGAACGUAUAGGUCGCAUUUCAAACAGAAACACCAGGUCGAAAUGGCUUGGAGGAGCGGUGGAACGCACAUCACCCGAAACAUCACGCAAGAGGGUGGUGUGGUCACGAGUCUUCACCUGACCUCAAAGUACAUCAUCGUUGCACUAGACAAUGCCAAGAUUCAUGUUUUCGACGCGCAGGGAAACGCACUGCGGACUUUGCAAGGACACGUUAUGGGCGUGUGGGCAAUGGUUCCCUGGGACGACAUUCUGGUCAGCGGCGGUUGUGAUCGUGACGUUCGAGUGUGGGAUUUGACAACUGGUGCCUGUUCCCACACAUUACGGGGUCACACGUCAACUGUUCGAUGCUUAAAAAUGUCGGACGCCAACACGGCUAUUUCAGGGUCGCGCGAUACGACACUCAGAGUUUGGGAUAUUCGGACGGGCCUGUGCAGAAACGUCCUGGUCGGACACGGUGCUAGCGUCAGGUGUCUGGAGAUCCACGGAGACACUGUUGUAUCCGGCAGUUACGAUACCAUGGCGAAGGUCUGGAGCAUCUCGGAAGGCAGAUGUAUCCAAACAUUGCAAGGACAUUUCAGCCAGAUCUACGCCAUUGCUUUCGAUGGCAAGCGGGUCGUCACCGGCAGUCUCGACACCAACGUCCGCAUCUGGGAUCCUCGCACAGCCGAAUGUCUUGCCAUUUUGCAGGGCCACACUAGUCUUGUGGGACAACUCCAGAUGCGCGGCGACACCUUGGUCACCGGCGGCUCCGACGGCUCCGUCCGGGUGUGGUCGCUCCAGCGCAUGUGCCCCAUUCACCGACUGGCGGCCCACGAUAACAGCGUCACGUCUUUGCAGUUUGAUGAGGCUCGAGUUGUCAGUGGCGGCAGCGACGGACGGGUUAAGAUCUGGGACGUCAAGACGGGCCAUCUGAUUCGUGAGCUCAUCGCGCAGGGCGAGGCGGUCUGGAGGGUCGCGUUUGAAGACGAGAAGUGCGUCGCUCUGGCACUGCGCCAUGGAAGAACAAUCAUGGAGGUCUGGUCCUUCUCGCCGCCUGCCGAGGAGGCCAGUUCGUACGACCGGCCGUUGUCUCUUCAACAGAGAGCUGCCUCGGAAGCUUCACGAAGGUCGUCGAAUGCGUUGCAGCUCGAUCUCAGGAGCACGCAAUCACAGGCAUCCAUCGUCGGCCCACCGCGUGACACUCCGGGCGGGUCGGACAUUGACAUGGGGGAUGCCGGCCCGUCGACGGCGCCCGCGCAAAGCGGCAAUCUCACAUUCUUUCACGAUGACUGA